AUGUAUGCCUCCCGCGCCUGUGACUCAUGUAGGCGGCGCAAGGUGAAGUGCAACUCAAAGCAGCCCUGUGCGAAUUGCCGCAUCUCGAAUCUUAUCUGUGAAUUCCAAGGUCUGCGCCGGCAGCGCGGACCCAAGGUCGCCAAGCGGCCAGUGACCUGUAAUUCAGAUGCAGCUUCCCCCAGCGAGAGCUGCACGUCAGCCAAUGCAGCUUGUCCAGCUCCAGAGCCAUGUGAGCCUGGGCUUGCGACGAUGUCCCCAGUUGAGGAGGCCACGCCGAUGGCGGCUUUCAACCUGCCCCAGCCACACCCCUCACUAACUGUCGAUACGCCGCCCUCCGGGGGCGGUGGUUGCCACUACUCCUCACUUGAUGAGGACUAUGAUGGGGUAGAGAUCCACAAACGUUUGACUGCAUGUCUCCAGGACCUAUUGCCCCAGCGUUCUGCCGUGGAUAUAGGACAAGAAUGCCUAGACUUGUUUAUGCAGUACAUGUUCCCUAACACGCCUAUCAUCCACGAGCCAACAAUGCGCGCUAAUAUCUCCCUGCUCCUUCCAGAAAAUCACACUCUGUUUCCUAACCAGCCAGCCGCCUCCCCCAAGAGGCUGGAUCAGCUUAGUUGCUACCGUGCAUUCACGGCGAUCACCGCUCUUUCUGCACAUGUUGUGGCGGCUCUGCCGGCAUCCUUUGUUCCACACCAGGAUACUAUUGCCACCACUUUCCUCGAAACAUCCCGGCGCAUGUUAAGGCUUUAUCUGGUGGACGAUGUUGAUCACCCAGACUCGAGUUCCCUCAUGAUCCGAUUCUGGCAUGCUGCGGCGGUGCAGAAUACCACCGGAAAGGCCAGCAUCGCCUGGCACAUCCACGGCGAGGCCACGAUGUUGGCCCUGCGGCUGCGCCUAUAUGAUGAAGCUGUUGUCUGCAUGAGCCCACCAAUUGAGUCAAAGUUGUUGCGCGCCAACUUCUGGCUACUCUAUCUCGCAGACCAGAGCGCUAUUGCCCUUGAUACUCGUAUCUCAUUACUGCGGGAGCCCAUGUUCAGUGGCGGCCUAUCGCUACUCGAAAGAGACGACAAAGAUGUCCCGCUUCUUGACAUGAACAAGAAGAUCAAUCAAGGUACAUUUGAAAGCCAGAUCUCAACCGGUUUCCACCUUAAGCAACGUGUCUGGUCCUCAGCAGCAGCCGUCCUCGCCAACAUCCCUACGUAUAGUAGUCGGAAGAAAAACGUUUUUGAUACUCAACAAGGAGAUCAAGAGCGGGCGGAACUUGAACUACACCUCACGGAAUCAUAUAUUCGCUUUAGUGCAGUAUUGGAUGACCUGCCGGCUUCGCUCCGAUAUCCUGAUGACAUUGGUGGCUCCGACAAAGAAGUAGCAUUAUAUCAGAAAACGUCCUUCUGGACACUGAGAAGCAACAUCAUGACGACUUACUACUGCGUGAAGCUUGUCAUCUUACAAUCAUGCCUUCAACAUAAUGUACCUGAAAUUUUGGGGCUAAAUAAUAGCUCUCUUGCCGGUGAAAUCAAGAAAGUAGAAAUUAUUCAGGACUUUCUCCACGAGCUGCAGAUUGUGCCGUACAUGUGCUUUAAAGCUCAAGGAGAGGCAGCGGUCGAACGAAUCCGCCGUGUCGGCUCCAUCCUGCUCGAACUCUCCCAGAACGCUGAAAAUGACACCAUCCGACAACGCGCACAGUCGCAAUUCUCCAAGUUGCUACACAUGCUCGCAAUUUUAGACUCCAAAGCCUCGGAUGAGCUUGGGGAAGCCGAAAUUCCGGGCGGACAUCCCACCUACCGACAGGAUUCCUAA